UUAGCUAGUUCUGGAGCUGCAUCAUUCAGCACAUCUGGAAGCAGUUUGUGUGACGUUCUUUCACUCUAGCAGAGCAACGUCUGGAUUUUCUGUAGCUCUGUAAUUACAAAAAACGAAGGAAAACAGUUGCUAGGAAAAUAUAGAAGAAUUUAAAAACACAUUUCUCCAUUAGAGUGUUUUUAUAGAUCCUUUAGUGGACCUUCAAGUUUCUUGCCUGCAGGAUUUCAACAGCGAACCCAUGAGAGAGACAGUUCUGGCAUGAAUGUUUUCAACACAGGACCAUCUAGCUACCAGGAGCAGCUGCCCUGCAUUCAUUUUUCUGGAGAAAGAAUUCCCAAUUGCUCUGCUUACUUUGAAAGAUUGCAACCAAAUGAAAGAAUCCCAUGGCUAUAUUACGCAAAAUUAACCAAAUCCUACUGUUUCUUCUCGUUUUCACUCUCUGUAUCAUCCUGUACAAUAAAGUUCACAAGAUGCCAUCCGCCAUUUUGAAGACUGAGCCAGUCGAUCUGGAGAACCCAGAGGACAUGGAAGAAGAGAUUCCUGUGGUGAUAUGUGCUGCUGCAGGCAGAAUGGGUGCAGCAAUAGCAGCGAUAAACAGCAUUUAUAGUAACACCGAUUCUAAUGUCUUAUUCUAUGUAGUGGGGUUAAAACAUGGCAUUCCACAUAUCAGAAAGUGGAUUGAAAAUUCCAAACUGAAAGACAUAAAGUUUAAAAUUGUGGAAUUCAACCCCAUGGUGCUGAAAGGGAAAAUCAGACCAGAUGCAGCCCGUCCUGAGUUACUUCAGCCUCUAAACUUUGUUCGAUUUUACCUCCCCCUGCUUAUCCAUGAACAUGAAAAAGUGAUAUAUCUUGACGAUGAUAUCAUUGUUCAAGGUGACAUCCAAGAUCUAUAUGACACACAGUUGAACCGUGGCCAUGCUGCAGCUUUUUCAGAUGACUGUGACUUGCCUUCAACUCAUGAAAUGGUUAGAAGUGUAGGAAUGCAGAACACCUACAUGGGAUUUCUGGACUACCGAAAGCAAACAAUCCGAGACCUUGGCAUAAGUCCCAGCACCUGUACCUUUAAUCCUGGUGUCAUUGUUGCCAAUAUGACAGAAUGGAGACACCAGCGAAUCACAAAGCAGUUAGAAAAAUGGAUGCAGAAAAAUGUAGAAGAAAAUCUGUAUAGCAGCUCCCUUGCUGGAGGUGUGGCUACUUCGCCAAUGCUCAUUGUAUUCCAUGGAAAAUAUUCAGCAAUUAAUCCUCUGUGGCAUAUUCGGUAUCUAGGAUGGAGUCCUGAUGCCAGGUAUUCAGAGCAUUUUCUUCAGGAGGCCAAGUUACUUCACUGGAGUGGAAGAUACAAGCCUUGGGAUUACCCUAGUGUCCACACUGACCUAUGGGAAAAGUGGUUUGUUCCUGACCCUUCAGGGACUUUUAAACUGAUUCGUCCUAAUAGCUGAUGUCAUUUCCAUUGUGCAAAGUAUACAGUAUCUUUCUUGUGAUGUGGUUGGUCACCUUUGUUGUAUAGAGAGCUAAACUGCAUGAGAACAGUGCAAAUCACCAAAGGUGUUCAUGGGACGUCUCAGAAUGAAACCUAAUGAAGAGUACAGUGAGGCUGUGAUGAAGUAUGCAGAGUUCAGAAAAGCUUCAGUUUGAAGUCUUGCAAUGAAGACUACCAUGUUUAGGGAAGGUUACUCAUACAAAACAUGGAUUUCCUUUUUCAGCUGUGCUCUGUAAAUACAUAUUGUUUUGACUGAGCGAACAUUUGUAACAUUUUUAAAACAAAAGGUUUUGUUAAGUACAUUUUCUGUAGUCAAUAAAAAACUAAAACUCAGA